AGGCUCUUCGCGGCCAAGUGCAGCGGCUGCAUGGAGAAGAUCGCGCCCACCGAGUUCGUGAUGCGGGCGCUGGAGUGCGUGUACCACCUGGGCUGCUUCUGCUGCUGCGUGUGUGAGCGGCAGCUACGCAAGGGCGACGAGUUCGUGCUCAAAGAGGGCCAGCUGCUGUGCAAAGGCGACUACGAGAAGGAGAAGGACCUGCUCAGCUCCGUCAGUCCCGACGAGUCUGACUCCGUGAAGAGUGAGGAUGAGGAUGGAGACAUGAAGCCAGCCAAGGGUCAGGGUGGCCAGAACAAGGGCAGCGGGGAUGACGGGAAGGACCCACGGAGGCCCAAGCGACCCCGGACUAUCUUAACCACGCAGCAGCGAAGAGCCUUCAAGGCCUCUUUUGAGGUCUCCUCCAAGCCCUGCCGAAAGGUCCGAGAGACACUGGCGGCUGAGACAGGCCUCAGCGUGCGUGUGGUUCAGGUCUGGUUUCAGAACCAAAGAGCAAAGAUGAAGAAGCUGGCACGGCGACACCAGCAGCAGCAGGAACAGCAGAACUCCCAGCGGCUGGGCCAGGAGGUCCUGUCGAGCCGCAUGGAGGGCAUGAUGGCCUCCUACACACCACUGGCCCCGCCGCAGCAGCAGAUCGUGGCCAUGGAGCAGAGCCCCUACGGCAGCAGCGACCCCUUUCAGCAGGGCCUCACGCCGCCCCAAAUGCCAGGUGACCACAUGAACCCCUAUGGGAACGACUCCAUCUUCCAUGACAUCGACAGUGAUACCUCCUUAACCAGCCUCAGCGACUGCUUCCUCGGCUCCUCAGAUGUGGGCUCCCUGCAGGCCCGUGUGGGGAACCCCAUCGAUCGGCUCUACUCCAUGCAAAGUUCCUACUUCGCUUCCUGA